AUGGCCGAUUGUCCGUCGGUCGGCUCCUGCAACCCGAGCCACAAGCCUCUCUGCGCCAGGAAUUCGCACGGCAGCGUCCGCUCCUUUUCCAACCCCUGUGUCAUGAAGGUGGUCAACUGCAAGGAUAAGACAGUGGCCCUAAUGAUUGCGGCGGUGUUUGGCGGCGAGUGCUCCACGGCGUGCACUUCUGAAUACAGGCCGGUCUGUGGCAGAGAUGAUGCUGGAGAGGUGAAAACCUUCGCCACCAAAUGCAAUUUGGACGCAACCAACUGCCAGCAGAAAACGACUUACGAGUACGUUCGCGACGGAGUCUGCUAA